CAUUCCGACGAUGAAUCAGAUGAGAUCUGCCAGCGCUAGCGGCCAUAAUACUCCUUCCCCUUGGUGUAUAAAAGAGAUGGGGUAGCAGAAGACUGGACAAAUCAUUCAAAGAGCCGAAAAAAGUAAGAUCCUCCUGUGUCUCCUCUAUUUCUCCUUCCUCUUCGCUUGUUGUCUGUGCGUGCGGAGUGAGUGCUGCCAAAUCUCUUUCACUCUCCCCCUCCCCUUCUGUGUUCCCGCUUCUCUGAAUCCCUAUCUGUAAUAAUCUGUCUUCUAGAAAGGAUGUUCUUAUGUGAGGGUUUUUGGUGACUGCACUUGAUAGAAGAUCAUAUGGAAAUCAAAGCUUACCAAAGAGGGAGUUUUCUGGUUGGCAAAAGAUCUUUUCUUAUGGAGAACAGAUGUUUCAGAACAGAGAUCCAGGUUUUCUUUAAAUUUUUCCCUUCAAUUUAACAAGACCGGACCCUUUUUUCUUUUUCUUGCUGGGUUUGCUUGUUUAGGAUCAACUGAGGAUUCCCCUUUUUUUAAAAAAUCCUCGGUUUUCGAAUUCAUUCCCGGUUUCUUCUCUUUUUUCAUCCGCCAAAGCUUAGGUGGGAACGGAGGCCCCUUGCUUUUUUAGUUCAUGAGGGCACCUCUUUGAUUCCAGGUCAGAAAGAGAAGAAGAAGCAAAAAGGAGGGAAAAAGAAAGUUUUUGUUUCUCUUUUACUCUCAGUUGUAAUUAUUAAGAAUUUUGAUUUUUUUAACUUACAACCUGGUAGUUGGUUGUGAUGCUUGUUCUUUGCUUUUGAUAAGAAACAAGCAUACAUCUUCUUUUCCUUUUCUUUCUUUUCAUUCUUUUCAUUUUGUUUUUCCAAGGUUCCAAAAGACUGUUUAGCUUGUUAGGCUGUUUCACUUUUAUUUGCUUGUGAUUGAAGUAUGGCAGCAGCAAUAGAUCCCUACAGCAUUUGGUCUUCAGCUUCAGAUCACCCUUCUCCCAAAGGGGAGUUGAUGGGAGCACUUGAACCUUUUAUUAAAGGUGCUUUACCAUCCUCCCCCUCUGUGAACUCAUCACAGGGCCUACCCUCCUCUUCCUCCUUCCCCUCCUCUUCAUUUAGUUCUUCUUCUCGUUCUUUCACUAGCGGGGGCGGUUCCCCUCAAGCUCCCCUUUUCUCUCCUUCAUCUACCACUUGCCUGUGUUUUUCAAAUCCUGCUUCUUUCAGUUUGCCCAAUACUCCAUCAACCCCCAUGUUCACCAAUGGGGUCGAUGCUGCAGAGCCUAAUUCCAUCCCUUCCUUGCAGAAUUCUGUUUCUGCAAUUCCUACUCAAAGGGUAGCCUUUCAACAGCUCCCCUCUUACCACAUGCAGUGGAUCCAGGCCCAGUACCAACAACAGUGCCAUAAUUUGGCUGCCGUUCCCACCGUUCAGCAGCAGCCACAGCAGUACUUGAACGGAAGGGAGAGCGAGGUCCUCCACUUUCUGGCCCCAAGAAUGCAGCCGAUGAAGCACGUCGCAGCUCUCAGAGGCGGUGCUGUCGUCCACGCCAACGCCGCCAGUCCCUCAACCAAACCUGCCAAGCUCUACAGGGGAGUGAGGCAGAGGCACUGGGGGAAGUGGGUGGCCGAGAUCAGAUUGCCUAGGAACCGGACAAGGCUCUGGCUAGGUACCUUCGAUACCGCCGAGGAGGCGGCCAUGGCUUACGAUAGAGCAGCCUACAAGCUCAGAGGGGACUUUGCAAGGCUGAAUUUCCCUGGCCUCACUCGCCAGAAUUUCAAUGAUGCAAACAUGAUCUUGUUGCAAUCCUCUAUAGACGCCAAGCUUAAGGCAGUAUAUCAGGGAUUGGCUUCUCCGGCGGCAACUCGGGGAGGGCCGUCCUCCACCCCUCCUGCCGAUCACAAGUCUAUAGCAGAGCAGCCUGCUGCUGAUCUCUCUCUUCAGGGUUGUCCUGAAAACAGGAGCAGUGAAUCGGCAGCCGCAACGAAGAAGCCUGAGAUCUCUUCGCCGUCGCAUUCUGGCAGCGACUCCACGGCUUCCGCCUCACGGCAUUCUCCGGCCCCGAAUACCAACCUGCAGGACGAUCCCACCAGUCCAUCAGGGAGCGAGUUCGAGAACUUGCUGUUGCAGAAGCUCCCUUCUCUGGACGUAGACGUGAACUGGGAGGCGUUUUUCUCUGACUGUUGAUGGUUGACGUUCCUUCCUCGUCUUUUCUUUCAUUGCCAGGCCGUGUCAUCUUCCUUCUUCUCAGCAGCUACUGCAAUGUGUUUUUUGUAAUUGCGGAGCUGCUGUAUCUCUUCGUUCAUCAACCUUUUGUCCCCAACACGUGGAGGUGGUGAAGGUGGAGAAGAAGAGGAUGGUGGAAUGGUGAACUACUAUGUGAUGCGGGGGUUCCAGGCUUCCAGCCACUUUUUUCAGAAGAAAGCAAUGGGUAAGACCAUGCCCGUGCAGCUCUAAAACUGUUCCCAUUGGGAAAUCCCUUUGUUUAGAGAAGGGUUAUUAUUCUAUUUGUGGUGCUGCUGCUUCUCGUGUGGACCUGGUUUGCUGUUUUUAUUUGGCAUCACCAGGUCAUUGUUUUUUUUCUUUUUAUUAGGGUGAUUGGGGCUAAUCGACGUAGUUACUGUUAGGGAUUCAUGCUGUGGAAAUGUCUAUUUAUUCGUGUGAAUGACAAUUGAAUUUGUUGUCCAA